UCCAAGGCGCAGAGGCACUGAGGGACAACUUCACCUGUGUGAUGACUAAACUGUGACAGUCAGAAGCGGUUCGGAUGUUGAGUGCGCAGCAGUGCGCUCUGCUGCUCAGCUGACACACAGAAAUAGCUGUAAUUGCAGGGAGAGAGAUAGAGAGAGAGAGAAAGAAAAAAAGAAAAACAGUUUCGGUUUCUGAGAACUCCGCGCGUCCCGCUUCUCUUCGCAGCCGGUUUGGACCGGACGCACAGACUUGUUGCCGCAGCAGCACUCUGAGGGGCCUCGCUGUUUGUUGCGUGUCCGACAUUCAAGUCAGCGACAGGACUUAAAAGGCAGCUGCAAGGAUGAUGUCCUACAUAAAGCAACCCCAUUACACCAUGAACGGGUUAAAUUUGCCCGGCCCAGGGAUGGAUGUGCUGCACACCACCGUCGCUUACCCAUUGUCGGUUGUAUAUGCAGCUACUCCCCGGAAGCAGCGCAGAGAGCGCACCACCUUCACCCGGACACAGCUGGACAUCCUGGAGGCGCUGUUCUCCAAGACCCGCUACCCAGACAUCUUCAUGAGGGAGGAGGUGGCCCUAAAGAUCAACCUGCCGGAGUCACGUGUUCAGGUUUGGUUUAAGAACCGCCGUGCAAAGUGUCGUCAGCAACAGCAGCAGAGCAGCGGCCAGUCUAAGCCCCGACCACCCAAAAAGAAGGCCUCUCCAGUGCAGGAAGCCAGCGCCCCUGACCCUCUCCCCAACCCUUCUGGAUCCUACAGCCCCUCCUCAGCUCAGUCCGGCCCCAGCCUGGCCCCGAGCUCCAGCACCGGGAACACGGCUGUGUCCAUCUGGAGCCCUGCUAUCUCGCCGCUGCCUGACCCCCUGGCUUCCUCCUCAGCCCCUUGCAUGCAGCGGCCCUCUCCUUACCCCAUGAGCUACGGCCAGCCAUCAGCCUACACCCAAGGCUACGCCAGCACCACCUCUUACUUCACUGGCCUGGACUGCAGCGCCUACCUGUCCCCCAUGCACUCGCAGCUGUCGGGCACCGUGGGGGCCCUCAGCCCCAUCACUGUGCCCUCAAUGGGGGGCUCCCUGAGCCAGUCCCCUGCCUCGCUGUCCUCACAGGGCUAUAGCACAGCCUCCUCCCUUGGCUUCACCUCUGUGGACUGCCUCGACUACAAGGACCAGCAGGCCUGGAAACUCGGCUUCACCACAAUGGACUGCCUGGACCACAAGGACCAGAACUCCUGGAAGUUCCAGGUCCUCUAAAAAGCCAGUGUGGGAAGAAAGAGGGAAGCAGAUCAGCCACAGAAGACUCUUUUCAGUUUGUUUGUUUGUUUGUUUGUAAGGUUUUGUUUGUUUUUAAAGGCGACCUCUGUAGAAAUGAAUUUAUCUGAAUGACCCUGUUGAAGAAUGGCACCAAGGCUGUCUUCAUCACUGCCUGACUGUAAAUCAGAUCUGUUAACGUCUACAUGCUGAGUUGAAUAAGAGAACAAAAGCCUUUAAAAAGUUUGUAGGAAGAUUCUGGAAACACACUGAGCCAUCAUUUUGCUGAAAGAGACUGUCUACCGCAGACACAAACACGUUUCAUGUUGUUUUAAACUUGUCAUAGUGGAGGGAGAGCUGCUGUCACAGGAAAGAGCUCUGAAACUAUUUAUUAUUACUUUAUGCUAUAUUUAAAUUUGUAAUUUGGUUUUGUUUAGCUGAGCAUUGUUUUGAACAUUUAUGUUGCGUAUUUCAGUGUUAGCUUUUAGUGUUAUUAUCCCAACCUGUUUAAUGGAAAAGCCAGAUCUUCUGUUUUAGUGGUGUGAA